AAAUGAAAAACCAACAAAUUUCCUGUGUUUCACCAAACACAAAAAACCUUUAUACAAUAUCCAUACAUCAUGCAACCACACAAUGACAUUGGAUCAUCUCUCUCAAACCUUAUUUUAUCUGGUGGCAACACCAUAGAUUCAAUCUUCACUCACUACUCAUCAUCAUUAUUAUCAUCAUCAACAACCUCUAACUCGGUUCGCCAGCCAGUCGGCUCAUCUGUCUACCUAAUACAAAGAGACCAGCUCCAGAAAUUCUCCGAACAACACAUGUCCAUAACAAAAACCGGUUUUGAUCACAAUUGCAACAAGAAAAAGCUUUACAGAGGAGUGAGGCAAAGGCAUUGGGGCAAAUGGGUUGGUGAGAUCAGACUCCCUCAAAACAGAAUGAGGGUGUGGCUUGGGACUUAUGACACGGCUGAAGCCGCGGCUUAUGCGUAUGAUCGGGCAGCUCAUAAGCUGCGCGGUGAGUUUGCAAAGUUGAAUUUUCCUAACCUUCAGGACCCGAGUCAGCUUGGGUUAAUUGGUGACGCUGAGAAGCUGAAUGCUCUUAAAAGCGUUGUGGAUGCAAAGAUUCAGGCUAUUUGUGAAAAAGUGAGAGAGAGGAAGAAUAACAAGAAGAAGAACAAGAAGAAGAAAAGAGAGAGUGAAAAGGUUAUGAAAAAUGAAUUGAUGUCAUUGAGUGUGUCUGAAGAUGGGUUUUGGAGGGAAGAGAGUUCGGUUUCCGGCGAGUCGCGGGUGGCGGUUGGGGCGGAGACGGGUGAGUCGGAGGUUGAAGGGUGUUGUCUUGCUCGUUUGCCUUCUUAUGAUCCGGAGUUGAUUUGGGAAGUGUUGGCAAAUUGAGGUUUUUAGCAUGUAGGCAGUUAAGUUAAUUAACCAAGUUGUUAUUUGUAUCAUGCACUAGUUUUGGGUACUCUUUUUUCAAUUUUAUGUCAUGAAAUGUCCUUUCUCGUGUAAA